CACUCAAAAAAGGGGUGGGGCUGUGAAUGAUGAUCUAGCUAGAGCUAGAGUGUAUAUAUACUGUGUGCAAAGAUCCUCUCAACCGUCAUCAUCAUCAUCAUCAUGGGCGCUAAACAUGCUAAGCUGAGCCCAGAGCAAGUGGAGGAGCUCACACAGAACACGCACUUCAGUCAGAAGGAGCUGAACAAGUGGUACAGAGGGUUCCUCCAUGACUCCCCCUCAGGGACCAUCAGUAAAGAGGAGUUCUGCAAGAUAUAUAAGCGGUUCUUCCCGUUUGGAGACUCUACAGCCUUUGCAUCGCUACUGUAUGAGAGGUUUUCACUGAAUGACAACGGACUUUUAGAAUUCAGAGAGUUUGUGGUUGGUCUGUCCACUGCCUCCAGGGGCAGUCUAGAGGAGAAGCUGCAAUGGACGUUUCAGCUGUACGAUCACAACCACGACGGUGUGAUCACGAGAGAUGAAAUGGAGGCUGUUGUAGAGGCCAUCUACAAGAUGGUGGGCUCCAUGGUGGAGUUCCCUGAAGGGGCUGAAACUCCACAGCUCAGGGUCAACAGGAUAUUCGAAGCCAUGGAUACGGUGCAUAUAAUUACUAAUGGAGAUGGUAAGAUAACUGAAGAGGAAUUUAUCCAAGGAGCCAAGAACGACCCCUCCAUUAUCAAAGCCUUGUCUCUAUAUGAUGGACUAAUAUAACAUAUAGACCUCAUGCUUUUAUUAAAUAUUUUUCUGCAGUACACAACACACACACUUCUUCAACUAAUAUUCAUGACUUCAA